AUGGAGAACCUGUCACCUAGGAAACCAGCUGGCCAUCCUCAUCAGGUAAUAGCCUCUGCCUGCUGGCAGCUCACCGUGAAGGUCCUGGAGGCACGGAACUUGCCCUGGGCUGACCUGUUGAGCCAGGCAGACCCGUAUGUGAUCCUGCAGCUGCCAACUAUACCUGGAACAAAGGUUAAGACCAAGACAGUCACCAACUCUAAUCACCCUGUAUGGAAUGAGACCUUCACCUUCCGAAUCCAGAGUCAGGUCAAGAAUGUUCUGGAGCUGAGCAUCUAUGACGAAGACUUCGUUAAAGAGGAUGAUCUCCUCUCUGAGUUUCUCUUUGAUGUCUCAGAAGUCCUUGCUGGCAAGCUGCUCCGGAAGACCUUCUCCCAGAGUUCCCAGGUGGGUGGGGAAGUGGAGCUGGAUGUGGAGUUUCUGCUGGAGAAAACGUUGGACCACCCAGAAAACCUCAUCACCAACAACGUCCUUGUGGCCAGAGAGCUGUCCUGCCUGAAUGUGCAUCUGGACAGCCUGGAGAGCGCCACGGUGGCCCCAGAUCAGAACAAACUGCAGCUGGAGCUGGUGCUGAAGGGGUCAUAUGAGGAAACACAGACACUGACCCUGGGCAUGUCCUCAGCCAUCCGCUUCCACUACAUGGCAGCCCAGGAGACAGAGUUGAGUGGGUGCCUGCAGAGCUCCUCAGGCAAUGGCUGGAACUCGGACAACUCAUCUGAGCACCUCAAUGUGCCUCUGAGAUCCUUGCCUAUGGGGAAGGAGGUGACCAUUGAUAUUCCUGCCCCAAAUGCCCCAGGAAUGAAGCUAAAGCUCCAGGCAGAGGGCUGCCCCAAGGAGCUGGCUGUGCACCUGGGCUUCGACCUGUGUGCAGAGGAACAGACCUUCUUGAGCAGGAGGAAGCAGGUGGUGGCCAAGGCCUUGAAGCAGGCCCUGCAGCUGGAGAGAGACCUGCAGGAAGAUGAGGUUCCUGUGGUGGGCAUCAUGGCUAUUGGAGGAGGUACCCGGGCCAUGACUUCACUCUAUGGCCACCUGUUGGCCCUGCAGAAAUUGGGCCUCCUGGACUGUGUGACUUACUUCAGUGGCAUCUCGGGCUCUACAUGGACAAUGGCCCACUUGUAUGGGGACCCUGAGUGGUCACAGCAGGACCUUGAGGGACCCAUUCAACAUGCCCGGGAGCGCAUGGCCAAGAGCAAGCUGGAGGCCUUCUCUCCAGAGCGCCUGAGGAGCUACCACCAGGAGCUGCAGCUGCGCAUUGAGCAGGGCUACACCACCACCUUUGUGGACCUGUGGGCCCUCGUGCUGGAGAACAUGCUGCAUGGGCAGGAGAUGCAUCAGACACUGUCAGGACAAAGAGCAGCACUGGAGCGGGGCCAGAACCCUCUGCCACUCUAUUUGAGCCUCAAUGUUAAAGAAAACAAGCUGGAGACGCUGGACUUCAAGGAGUGGGUUGAGUUCUCCCCCUACGAGAUUGGGUUCCUGAAAUAUGGAGCCUUCAUCCCUUCUGAGCUCUUGGGCUCUGACUUCUUUAUGGGGCGGCUGAUGCGGAAGCUUCCUGAGUCCCGGAUCUGCUUUCUGGAAGCUAUCUGGAGCAACAUUUUCUCCCUGAACUUGCUGGAUUUCUGGUAUGGUCUCACCAGCUCUGGGGAAGCCUGGAAACAACACAUCAAGGACAAGAUGAGGAAUGUAGAUAAGGAGCACCCCGCCUCCUCAGGGACCUCCUCAUACCUAGACGCCUUGUGGCUGCAGCCUGGAACGGCCCUGGCCCAGGCUUUCAAGGGCUUCCUGAUAAACAGGCCACUCCACCAGCAAAGCUCCAACUUCCUCCAUGGCCUCCAGCUGCACCAGGACUACCGAAGCCAGAAAGAGUUCUCUACCUGGUCAGACUGCCAUCUGGACUGCACCCCCAACCAGCUGACCCCCCAGGAGCCCCAGCUCUGCCUGGUAGACACCGGCUACUUCAUCAACACUAGCUGCCCGUCCAUGUUCCGAUCAGGCCGCAAGCUGGACCUCAUCCUUUCCUUUGACUACUCCUUGUCCUCACCCUUUGAGGUACUGCAGCAGACUGAGUUGUACUGCCAGGGCCAGGGACUGCCCUUUCCAAGCGUGAAGCUGAGCCCUCAGGACCUCCACCAGCCCAAGGAGUGCCACAUCUUCUCUGACCCCAGCUGCCCUGAGGCACCUGUCCUGCUACACUUCCCACUGGUCAACGCCUCCUUCAAGGACUACUCAGCCCCUGGUGUCCCUCGCAGCCCUGAAGAACUCCAGGCUGGCCAAAUGGACCUCACUAGGGCCACCUCACCCUAUUCCCUGUUUAAUAUGACAUACAAAGAGGAAGACUUUGACCGCCUGCUGCACCUCAGUGACUACAAUGUACGGAACAGCCAGGACACCAUCCUGCAGGCCUUGAGGACAGCGCUGAAGCACCGCACCUUGGGGACCAGGCCUCCAGGGGUGCAAACAUGA